ACACACACACACACGCAGGCAGCAGUCAAGCGGCCAACCUCUGCUUCACACCGUACCUACCUGCGAGCCACGCCCACGCCGCAGCCCCCGAUGUCGUCGCAGCGCCCGGGCCGCCACCAGCGCCGCGCGUCGCAGAGCGUGUUCGUGCUCCCAGAGAACCUGGCCUCCCUCGACGUCGACGCGGCGGCCGACGCGGGCGCCAAGGCCGGCGGGCCAGAAGGCGCCGGCGCCGGCGCCGAGCAGCAGGCGAGGCCACCCGCGGGGCGUCACCACCGCCGCGCCAUGUCCGUGGCCGCGGCCGUGGCCUCCAGGGAGCUUGAGCUGAUCAAGGAGGACCUCGGCAGCUACAACUACAAGGUCGGCGCCUGAGAGAGAGAGAGAGAGAGGAGCCGGCACGCUGCGUCAUGUGUAUAGAGCUUGUGGGUUAACCGUACCCAGAGCUGGCUUUGAUCGACGAUUAACAGUGGCUUAAUUACAUGGUCUCUCUCUUGCUCUUUUUGUUUGCCCACACACGCAUGUAUAAUAGUACUAGUAGUACUAUGUAACUUUUUCACUACAAAGAGAACUAUUUGGACAUUUU